CAAAACAUGUGCAUUCCCGUCCCAUGCGAACUUGCGUCGGUCAUGGCAGACAUCUAUGAAUUUGUAGUCGCGAGGUCGACCUCCUGUCGUGGAUUGAACUCAGUGGAGGAGUGUGACCUUGCACGCAGGAUAUGGAAACAACUGCAAGCGGAGAAGUACCAUAAACGCCUUUUACAGCAAGAAGUCGUUAGCUCUCCGCGAUGUUCUAUAUGCGACUCCAAUCUUAUCCACUGCAACUGCUGUCAGGUUGCAUCGUGCGAGUCGGAUGACUGCCCGGGGUCUUCUGAACCCCCGCUCGCGCAGUGCGGCAGACAUCAAAAGGAGGUGUUGUGUUUCCCAUGCCUUGAAGAGCAGGGGUACAAGGCGGAGAUAGAAAAGUGUCCUGGGUGUAAAUCGUGGUGUUGCACGAGGGACAUGUCAUCGUGUAGUGGUUAUCCCAUCGGCAUUCAGCUUAAUCCUAGCUCACACGGCAGCAAGCCCUUACUUCCUGACCUGAUUGUCGCAUACGCCCAAUCUGCACGUGUUCACCCUCCGAAGCGCGGUUCCUGUAUGGAAUGCGAGCUGCCCGGGUGGCGGAGCUGCAACAGCACGCUAUGCUGGUCUCAAACGAUCUGCCCAGAGUGCGCAAGCGGUGGUGUGACGUGUCUGUGUCAGGAAGUAUGGGCAUGCGACCUCUGCGCAGAGCAUGUUCCAGGGGUCUUCAUUCGCUGUCCGCGCUGCAACCGGCCAUUCUGCUGCUCUUGCUCUUAUAUCGAUGAAUGUCAAGAGUGCCACCGCACGAACCUCUGCUAUGACUGCGCCGAAGAAGAGUCAGAUAUGGACAACGGGCUGAUGGUGGAAUUUCCUAAAUUUGUCGCGUCAUGCGGAAGUUGUCAAGCGAAGGUAUGCGAUCGUUGCGUGUUGUCGUAUCCGGCCUUCUCGUGUGCAGGGUGCUCACAGCGGCUUUGCCCGUCGUGCCGCAAGUCAUUGUGUGAUGAUUGUAAACAUGGAACUAGCGGGGACACCGACGCUUACCUUAACAUUUGAGUACCCCUGUAAACAUCACAUUUUGUUUUCAUGCGCACAUCCAUGUACGAUAGAAGAAUGAUUGAACAGGAAAUAUUUGAUAACCG